AUGAAUCCAGAAGUAGAGCUCUAUCCUAUCGCCAUCCUCAUCGACGAGCUCCGUCACGACGACGUCUCCCUCAGGCUCAACGCCAUCAAGCGCCUCAACACCAUCGCUCUCGCCCUCGGACCACAGCGCGCCCGCGACGAGCUUAUUCCCUUUCUCGAUGAGUCGAUUGACGAUGAGGACGAGGUGCUGUUGACGUUGGCAGGAGAGCUGGGCGACUUUGUUGAAUAUCUUGGAGGCCCUCAGUAUGCACAUAUCCUCCUGCAGCCUCUUGAAAACCUUGCCGCCGUCGAGGAGACCAUGGUCCGCGACAAGGCGGUCGAGUCGCUCAAUAAGAUCUGCCCCUUGUUGAAUCAGUCGCAGCUGGAGCAGUACUACACCCCUUUGCUCAAGCGCCUGUCUUUGGGAGACUGGUUCACGAGUCGCACCAGUGCCACCGGACUCUAUGCCUGCGGCUACUCGCUGGCCUCGGCUGCCACACAGGACGAUAUGCGCAAGUCCUUUGGUCAACUUUGCGUUGACGAUACCCCCAUGGUCCGCCGUGCCGCUGCCACACAUCUGGGCGCAUUCGCAAAGAAGGUCAGCAAGGAGCACCUCAUCACAGAUAUUAUCCCCCUCUUCGCUAAACUAUCUCAGGAUGAGCAGGAUUCCGUUCGUCUUUUGACCGUUACCGACCUUGUCGCCAUUGCGGAGGAACUCACUCCCGAGGAGAACAAGACCUACUUUUUAGAGCCCUUGAAGGCAAUGGUCGCCGACAAGUCAUGGAGAGUUCGUUAUAUGAUUGCCGAUAACUUUGUCAAGUUGAGCAAAGCAGUCGGCGAGGACAUCACACGCGACGACUUAGUCAGUGCAUUUGUUCGCCUGUUGAAGGAUAACGAGGCCGAGGUCAGGACUGCCGCCGCAGGACAAGUCCCUGGUUUCGCUCAGUUGGUAGACAAGGAGACGAUCCUCAACUAUAUCUUGCCUUGUGUCAAGGACAUGGUCACCGAUACCUCGCAGCACGUUCGCGCAGCUUUGGCGAUGCAGAUCAGCGGCCUAGCACCUAUUCUAGGCAAGGAAUCAACGACCGAGCACUUGUUGCCUCUGUUUUUGCAGCUUCUCAAGGACGAAUUCCCCGACGUACGUCUGAACAUUAUUUCAAAGUUGGAGACAGUCAACAAUGUCAUCGGUAUCGAGCUCCUUUCACAGUCGUUGUUGCCUGCCAUUGUCGAAUUGGCUGAGGACAAGCAGUGGCGCGUGCGUUUGGCGAUCAUCGAUUACAUUCCCCUCUUGGCCACUCAGCUGGGAGUCGAGUUCUUCGACGAGAAGUUGGGAGCUCUUUGCAUGUCGUGGUUGGGCGACAGUGUAUUCUCGAUCCGUGAGGCUGCCACAGUGAACUUGCGCAAGUUGACUGAGGUCUUUGGUGUCGAUUGGGCGAAACAGACCAUCAUCCCCAAGGUUCUUGCCAUGGGCACCCACCCCAAUUACCUGUACAGAAUGACCACCAUCUUUGCCAUCACAGAGAUGGCACCGGCAGUGACGCCUGAGGUGACUCGUGACUAUAUCCUGCCGACGGUGACCAACCUGGUGUCGGACCCGAUCCCCAACAUCCGCUUCAAUGUUGCAAAAUCGAUAGAAGCAUUGAUCCCUGUGUUGUCACAGAACCCUGAUACCAAGCCCCUUGUUGACCAGCAGCUCAAGCCUGCCCUGGUCAAGUUGUCCGAGGAUACCGACAAUGAUGUGCGGUUCUUCUCGCAGAAGGCCCUUUUCGUCGCCGAUGGUGUUUUCUACGCCGAGUUGAACGAGUUCUUCCAGCGCGAGCUCGCUGCUGAGGGUUACUCUGGUGUCGAGGUUCGCGUUACCCCCGCCCGUACCGAGAUCAUCAUCCGUGCCACCCAGACCCAGGAGAUUCUCGGUGUCCAGGGCCGUCGCAUCCGCGAGUUGACCUCCUUGGUCCAGAAGCGUUUCAAGUUCCCCGAGAACACCGUCGAGCUCUACGCCGAGAAGGUUUCCUUCCGUGGUCUCUGCGCUAUUGCCCAGUGCGAGUCCCUCAAGUACAAGCUCCUCAACGGUGUUGCCGUCCGCCGUGCCUGCUACGGUGUUGUCCGUUACAUCAUGGAGUCUGGUGCCAAGGGUUGCGAGGUUGUUGUCUCUGGAAAGCUCCGUGGUGCCCGUGCCAAGGCCAUGAAGUUCGUUGACGGAUUCAUGAUCCACUCUGGUCAGCCCACCAAGGACUUCGUCGAUACCGCCGUCCGCCACGUUCUCUUGCGCCAGGGAGUUUUGGGAGUCAAGGUCAAGAUCAUGUUGCCCUGGGACCCCACUGGAAAGAUGGGCCCCAAGACCCCUCUUCCCGAUAUGGUCACCAUCAUGGAGCCCAAGGAGGAGGCCCCUAUCCUCGCCCCCGUCUCUGAGUCUCGCGAGGAGGUUGUUGCCCCCGUCGCCGUUGCCCCCGUUGAGGCUUAA